UAUAAACAGUUGAACAUUUACUCUUAUAGUAUUUCUAUCCGAAAAUGAUGAAGUUGUUGUGCACCGAUAUGCUGCCUAUAUUGAUUUGCAACCCUGGUUUUAUAACAGGGUUCAAACGACAUAGCACAGCUUUUGAUGGUAUGUCUAUAAAAAAUGAAAAUAGUAAAGGAUUAAUUAUACAAGGUUUAAGUUAUGACAGCGAAACUGGAAAGCGUACAAAUCAUUUCAAAGGAACAUCAUAUUCAACUAGAACAUUUAAAAAUUUCAUUAAAAAUAGACCGAUCCGAGCUGCUGGUGACCAGCCAGCAGAAGGAAAAUGUCAAGUUUUCAAGUGGGGUGGAACAUCUGGAACUCACUGGUACAGUUGCUGCAACAAUUGUAAUAUUCCUGGAAAUACUCCCUCAUGCGAUGGUAACACUUAUCAAUCCGCUAGUAGCAAUAGCUAUUGUAGUAAAUGCGGAGAAGACAACGGCAUUAGUAAAGCUAGUAAAUAUAAAAACGAAUUCAAAUGUGGUGAUUGUGAUGGUCAAGAUACAAACCGGAAAAAGUGCCUUCAGGGAUUAAGAAUGAUAUAUAACAUCCCUGGGCUUUGUUGGGCACAUAUUUUAUGUUUUAAAAAAUUUUGUGAGCAGUCAUACAGCAGACGAAAAAGGGAUCUUAAUACUAUACCCGAUACUUGCUUUAAUCUUAAAUGUGAAGUAGGAGAAACAACAUCAAAUUGUCCGGUUGAUUGCUGUUCUAAGAAAAAUCCAUCUUGUACAUGGAAAAAAGAUACGUGUUUAGCCCAAUGCUGUGGAGAACCAACAUGCUGUUUGUCUUCUACUGGAAACGUGUUGAAACUAAACACCUACAUGAAUUUCGGAAUUGGACUAUUUCUGAUUAUUUUCCUUGUACUAUAACAUGUAUAACUGUAUUCUAUUUUAGUUAAUUUCUUCUUUUUUCCUUAAUUCUCUUCUUCCUUUUUGAAAAGUCCAUCAUCAACAUAGAAUGACUAAUACUAAGUUGUUUUUACUUGAUAUAUGUAUUUCCCGGGAUCCAUAUAUCCUGCUAUAAAGACAUCGUUUUGACAACUUCUAUAUCUUUUGUGUGUUGUGUGAUUGCAUAAAUAAACUAUGGUAGCAGAUAAUGUAUGCCUCGUUGAAACAUUAACACAGUGAUAUAGAAGAACAUAAAACGUACAGACGAUACACUUUGUUAAAAAUGUCAUUUAUAAUAUAGCAGGGAAGUUGUUAAAAAGUUCAA